AUGUCGUCGCCCCAAAGGUUAACUCGGGAGCAAAAGGGGAAAGAAGUAGCACUUGCUCGGGGUUCUUCCGAGGAUCCGGAGGAUAUUCAUCGCGAGGCGAUGAUGGAUACUCGGAAUAUGGAUCUGGCGCAACAUCUUCUUGUCUCGGAGGCAAGGGAACAAUUCCGGGGCGACGACGAUGGUCAAGAGGCAGUCGACGUCUCGAUCGUUCCGAUCAGUUAUUAUCCGGGGAAUAUUUUCACCGAGGAGAGUCCAUUGGAGGCCUGGCGGGUGCGGCCUUCCGUUGUCGAUGGUCAGGACUGGCCGAACGUCGAGAAGACGAAGUCCACCAUAGAGUCGGUAGAGGCUAUUCUCCGAGAUCUCACCGCGCACAGGGUUUCGUUCAUAAUCCCGAAGGAAAACCAGAGGCCUUGGUCCCCACCGAGAGGUUAUCAAUGCGUCUAUGAGUCGUACUUCCAGAACGACACAAAGCUGUGGUUCCCGAUUCCUCGAAUCGUCACGGCUUACGCAUUCCGCAGGGGAGUUGCUCUGAGUCAGCUAAUGAACGGUUCGCUUCGUCUGAUGGUCGUUCUGUCGGUGAUCGCAGCCGAAGCGGGGACAUCGUUGAGCGUGAGGUCAUUCGAGGAAUUGACUUCGGUCUCAAUUUCUGAUGAUGGGCUAGUCUCGACGAGAAUGCGCCCGAACUACAACGUGGUCACCGGGUAUCCGACUAAAACCUCAGAUUGGCAGCGUUCGUACUUCUAUGUGAAGUCGAAUAGGUCGGCGUUCGAGGAACCGCCGAGAUCUAGCUGUCGUGUUCUUUGGAAUGCGGAGAUGGUUGGUCAUCCGAAUCUUGCCACCUAUCCCGAGGAUUGGAGGGAGAGUGCCCGAACCGUCGCGUUGCAGAGGCAGGAUCAUUGGGAGAACUUUACUCGGGAAAAGAUCCACAGAUCUAUCGAUCGAAUUGCCAACCAGGAUUGGAUCUCGGAUUCACUCCCUCACAUCAAUCAGUCGACGACCAAGAGGUUGUCACUUUUCACUCGAGCCGAACAGAAAGAAAUUAACCGAGCCAAAUCCAUGAAGCAAUUGCCAGAUCUUAGCCUCAUUAUGGCCGGGAAGAUAGGUGCCAAGAGAGGUGCUUCUGGAAGCAAGGUUGGUCCUUCGGGGUCAGAGGUUGCUGAUGUCGUUCCCGUUGCCGCCGAGCAAGCGCUCACUGGCGGCUCUUCCCCAAGAAAAAACUCGAAGAAGAAGAAAAAAGAUGCUGGGGCUCGGAAGGAGUCUAAUGAGGAGGAGCAAACCGACGCAGGUGGCUCCUCCAAGAAGGGAGGCAAGAAAAGGAAGGCCGGGGAUCUGCCUGCAGAAGACGCUCCCAAGAAGAAGAAGACGAAGAAGAAAGACUCCACUUUACCUCGACCAUCCUCUGUUUGUGAGGAGGAACUUCAGGCUCUGGUUCCUGAAACUGUCCCCGAGCUGGUCAAGGGCGGUCCUGACCAGCUUCCUCCGGUGGGGGAUCUCCUUUUUAAGGAUGAGUACCAACACGCCGCUUGCUCGUCUGUAAAAAGUCAUGGCGAUUGGAAUGUUCUCGUUGAGAAGUACGACUCAGCGCUGAAACGAGCCAGAGAGCAGGUCCGUGAGGGCGAAGAGGCUAGGAAGAAAACCGAGGAAGCUCUCCGAGCUACAGUACGAGAUAAGGCCGAUGCAAUUACUCGGGAAAAGGCUCUCAGGAAAGCGUUCGACGAGACGAGGACAGCCGACGCAGCUGAGUUGCAAAUGUGCAAGGAAUCAAUGAAGAACCUCGAGUUCGUGCUGGAGAGGUUGGGGAAGGAAAAGGCCGAUCUGGAGAAGGUGAGGGCCGCGGAAUCGCUGAAGCACACCGAGGAGAUGAAUAGACUUCGGAAAUCUCGCAGGUACGAAGUCACACACGAGAGGAUCCGUGUGAUGAUCGCUAUGAUUGCCAAAGCCGAAAAAUGCUUUCAUCGGAUUUCUCUUCGUGAAGAGCAAAGGGACAAAUAUGAUGAAGCUCGGUGCCUGCAAGGUCAAGCUUUCGGGACGAGGAGAUGUCUCGAGCGAAUCAAGGACUCGGGAACUGAAAUCCCUCAGGAGAUCAUCGAUACUUUCGCCGAGCAAGAGGAGCAUUAUAAGUGGGCAGCAACUCGUCUAGAGGUUAAGGAGAUUCCAAAGGGAGAUCUUCGCCUUUCUCCGCUAGUGUUGGAGUCUCGGUUCUUAAUUGACGAGAUUUGGCGGCAGAUCGAUCCGUUCGGGUCGAACGUUGAUUUGAUCGACUCUGAAGCCGCUAAAGCUCUCCGAACUCCCCGCGCCGAUCGAGAUCCUCGCUCCGAAGAUCGAAUGAAGGAACCUGCUCAAACCGCCGGAUCUUCUACUCAGUGCGCUAAUCAAGAAGUUGAUCUUGCGAAGCAGACGUCGGCUGGCGCGGUCAUUCCGAAGGAUGGAGCUGUGCCCACCAUCGUUCUGACUGAUUCUCCCGCGAAGGCGUCUAAAAAUUUGAGUUCGUCGACAUCUUCCUCUGAAGAUCUUGAGAAGGAAGAUGGCGUUUCUGCGGGUCGUCCGGAAGAGGUUCCCGCAGAUCUGCCGAUCCUAACAUUUGGUCGCGUCUCGGGUCCCAGGGAGGGAGAUAGCGCGGGCAGCAAGGAUCCCCCUGUCGUCGAUGGAUGA